AUGAGUGCUGAGACGCUCGCUUUUCUCCUACUUGCUUUAUCCGCAUCCGUUAAGGCUUGGGUUCCGCAACCUCAACAAGCGGCACCAAUAACAGCUACUCCAGCGAGACAAAAGCGUCAAACAGACCUGUUAAAAGUGACUGUGAACACUUUUUGGAAGUAUGAUUGGCAGAAGAUCACGACAAAUAAACUGAAGCUUAACACGAUGUUUGACGCGUAUUUCGCCAACAAAGGCUUAUGGCAUGCAAAAGCAGAUGUGGUGGGAACUGAAAAUAAUGGAGGCUUGAGUUAUAUUUAUACCACUUAUUACGCUGGUGAUUGUGCUUGGAUACUAGAAAUGCUUCGAGAAGCCAAAGAAAGAAUUGGAUCUGGCAUAAUCAAGAGCUUUGAAGUGAAAUGUGGAGGCAUAUCAAUUAUUAUUUAA